AUGUUGUCGUUCCCCCGGCUGCUGCGGGUGGGUCGCACCGUGGUGAGGGCGCGGCAGUCCUCCGCUUCGCCGCGGGGCGUUGUGGACGGUGAUCGAUUGACGCGUUGGUCGGAGCGGCUUCGCAGCGGGUGGCCGCAGGAACGCCUUCUUUCACGUUUAGUUGUUGGAUUGGAAGGAUGCACGAGCGCCUUCAACGCUAUGAACGCUGUACGCACAUGCAUGUUCCUUGGCACGGCGGUCCCACCGUAUUUCCUCUCCCUAACAUGUCUAGAGGAAAUAAAUUGUUUGCGUCCUCGUCAUGGUGCAGGGAAACCGGAGAUGGGCGCAGAAGCUUCGACAGACCUCAGCAUGGCGUUGAGUCAGGUGGCCCUGUUUGGCGAAGACUCUUUCCUCCAUUCGCCUGCAUCAUGCCACCUUCCUAUUGUGGCGCUGGAGAAUUAUACGUACAGGUCGGAGAGCAUUUACGCGUGCCGUUUUCCAUCAGCAGCACGGCUCGUUGUCGGCCAUGAGAACAAUGGCGUGAGUGAAAAAUAUCUCGGUAGAAUUGGUGAGGGAGAUAUGCGUGGUGUCGACGGCAACUGCUGUGCGGAACGGGUUUUAUAUGUCCCGCAGUAUGGAACAAUUAGUUCUCUUAACGUUGUAACCUCCAUGGGUAUUGCUCUGUUCUACGCUUUGCUGGACGCACACUACCCAUUAUCGAGGACUUUGAACGCAAAUUCCGAUGGUGGGAGACGCCUUGAGGGCAGCAGUGAGUGGGAAGCCCUGCGUGCGUAUCAGUGUUGCUUUCAGGAGCAAUUACCAACGACGGCUGCUCAUGGUGGGCUGUCGCGUGUGGAUCAAAGACCUAUUCAUCCCUUGUAUUACAAGAGGAGCAUAACUGGUAUUGUUGAGUUCCAUCGGCACCUCCGGGAACUGUUGUUGCGCCUCUGUUCAAAGGAAUCGUCAUCCCUAUCCGGGGCCCGAUUCGGACUUUCGGUGCUGUACGAAAAUGGAACCGAUCAGCGUAGCCUUGGUGGUAUCAUCCGUAGUGCUAAUGCGUUUUUGGUUGAUCAGGUCUGCUAUUUUGGGCGGAAGAAAAUAAAUGUUGUUGGAACAAUUGGCACACAGCAUUACACGCCACCGGUUUACAUGGGAGCAUCGUAUGACGAAGUCAACAGUGCUGACGAGGAGACGUGGGCGGCAGCCCUCUAUCAGCGCGUGGAGGAAGCCAAUGGUGUGCCUUCCACCUGGUGGUUCUUUGAUUGCGGGCACGCGUUCCUCUACGCGGAUACAUUUGAAGACACUACCAUGCAGGGAGACGCUGGGAGUAGACAGACAAGGAGCUCCACCGCGUCGUUGUCCUGGUAUGAGACACAUAUACGUGAUGGAAGCUUUGCAUUGAGUCUUUGUGACACGGAAAAGAGACUUCGCGAGGCGGCACAAGGUGGUGUUGUACUACUUGUGCCACAGGAAGGUAUUCUGCCUCCAUUUCAUCUUCUGCAGCGCUGUAAAAGGCUGCUCACUCUCCUGCCAAGUGAUCACUUCGCGGAUGCAUCUGCCACCGCAGCCGCUGGACUACCUGUGUCUGUGGCGGCCGGAAUCGCCCUGCAACGUCUGGGGAGCGUGAUGCACCCUCAGGUGGCGGCCUUGUAG